CUAAUAGUUCAGCUUUCUUCUUUUCCACCCAAUUUGUGUUUGCUAUAGUACCCGAUGUCCCAGGCGUGACUGGUACGGGAAUGGCAUUCGCGAUUGCACCAAGAAGAAAACUUGCACAAGUGCCUUCCUAUCCGUUGCUUGGCCUCUUCGAUACAAACACCAAUGGAAAUCAAACAAAUCACGUUUUUGCUGUGGAGCUUGACAUUUACCAAGACCAAGAUAUUGAAGAUAUCAAUGACAACCAUGUUGGUAUUGAUAUUAACUCUGUGAUCUCCAAGGCAUCCGCACCAGCGAGUUACCAAGCUAAUAACAAGAGUUCAUUUGACAACUUAACUCUCAUCAGCGGUCAACCGAUGCAGCUUUGGGUGGAAUACGACGGGGUGGAGAGGAGAAUCGAUGUAACAUUAGCUCCAAUGGAGGCUACUAAACCACAUACUCCUCUUUUGUCUUUGAAGUAUGAUCUUUCGCCAAUUUUACAGCAGACCAUGUAUGUUGGCUUUUCGGCAGUCUCUAGUCCACUCAAAACAGGAAUAACUAAUUUUAUACUUGGAUGGAGCUUCAGGAUGAAUGGCGUUGCCCAAGCUCUUGAUCUCUCUCGGCUCCCCAAGCUACCUCGGAUUGGACAUAAGAAAGUGUCUAAAAUUUUAACCAUGGGAUUGCCCCUGAUUUUUGUACUGAUGUUGAUAAUACUAACAUCUGGAGUAGCUUAUUAUCUAUGGAGAAAGUGGAAGUUUGCAGAAGUUCUGGAAGAAUGGGAGCUUGCUUAUGGACCUCACAGGUUCAAGUAUAAGGAUUUAUACAUUGCCACUGAGGGGUUCAGAGAAAAAGAAUUGUUGGCAGAAGGCGGGUUUGGCAGGGUCUACAAAGGCAUUUUGACAACAAACAAGGUUGAGGUUGCUGUCAAGAAGGUCUCUCAUCAAGGAAGACAGGGAAUGAGAGAAUUUGUUGCAGAAAUCAUCAGUAUUGGUCGCUUACGCAAUAGAAAUUUAGUACCAUUCUUGGGUUAUUGUCGGCGUAAAGGAGAGUUACUUUUGGUAUACGAGUUCAUGCCCAAUGGUAGUCUAGAUAAAUUUUUGUAUAACCAGCCCAAGUAUAUCCUCAACUGGAGCCAAAGAUUGCGAGUCAUCAAAGGUGUAGCAUCAGGGUUGUUUUAUCUACAUGAAGAAUGGGAGAAAGUUGUGAUCCACAGAGAUGUAAAAGCCAGUAAUGUAUUGUUGGAUGCUGAACUGAAUGGAAGAUUAGGAGAUUUUGGCCUGGCAAGGCUAUACGAUCAUGGAACUCUGCCUCAAAGCACCCAUGUAGCGGGAUCUUUUGGGUACCUUGCCCCUGAGUAUAGUAGGACAGGGAGGGCCACAACGAAGACUGAUGUAUAUGCUUUUGGGGCCUUUUUGCUAGAGGUUGCAUGUGGAAGAAGGCCAAUAGAUCCCCGAGCAGUAGAUUGGGUAUUUUUCUGCUGGAAAGAAGGGGAUAUUCUCCAAGCGGUUGAUCAAAAGCUGGGUGCUGAGUAUGUGAAAGAGGAAGCAGAAUUGGUGUUGAAACUAGGCUUGUUAUGCUCUCAUUCAGAACCAAAUCUUAGGCCAAGUAUGAGGCAAUUUCUGUUGUACUUGGAGGGAUCAGUUGCCCUGCCUGAUUUAUCAUCACUGGCCAUGAGGGGUUCUGCUGUUGGUUUUGACGUUUCCACAGAGAAAUGUUUUUCACAUUCUGUAGCAGACUAUCUUCUCUCUGAUGGUCGGUAA